AUGCAUGCCCGUGAUUGGUUUCUAGUAUUUAUCUCUGUAUUUCUGCCCCCGGUUGCAGUUGCACUGAAGAGAGGUGUAUUCACCAAAGACACAUUAUUGAACCUGCUUUUGUUCCUACUUGGAUACUUCCCAGGUCUGAUCCACGCCUUGUACAUCAUUAGCAAACAUCCUUACCCAAGCCAUGGAGGUGGAUUGACUCGUCCUAACGACGGCUAUGGGUCUCUAAGCUAG